GAGUUUAGAGACUGUUUUUCACUGUUUGCGAAAGAGAAGUUUAUAACAUCAAGAGAACAGCUGACAAAAAUAAUGAGAUCUCUAGCUUUCAGUCCAACUAUGUUUGAAGUAGAUAGAUAUUUUGGAGAACAUAGCAGAGACAACAGAAUUGACUUUGCCACUUUCAUUUCUAUUCUGGAAAAACAGUUAAAAGUUGAAAAAUGUCAGAAAGAUAUCAUUGAAGCAUUUCAGGCUCAUGAUAAAGAUGGAACAGGUUUUGUGCCAGCUUCUGAGCUUAGACAUAUAUUAACCCAGUUUGGUGACAAGUUGACACCUCAAGAAGUGGACAAGUUGUUCAGAGAUGCAGGUGUGCAAGGAGCCCAAGUCAAAUAUGAAAACGUUAUCAACUGCCUGCUAACGCCAAUUCAAGAAUGA